GCCACGUCCCGCCUCCCGCGCCCGCCGCCGGGCUGCCAUUGGCCGGGGCGGCGCCGAGCCCAUCGCGGAUUGGCUGCCGGGGCAGGGUCGCGAGCGGCCGCGCGGGCAGCGGGUGAGGCAACGCGGCGGCCGCGGCGGCGGCGGAACUACUAUGGAACCUUGGCAGCCGUGUAGGUUUGGAAGGCUUAAAUCCAAGUUCGGAAAGGCCUUUUCCAGUCCAGAUGAUUUGCUGGCUGAAGCGCUUAAUUAGAAUGGCUUUUGAACAGAUUGGAUUGAACAUGGAAUCAGUGCUUUGGUCAAGCAAGCCUUAUGGUUCAUCUCGAAGUAUUGUAAGAAAAAUUGGUACUAACCUCUCUCUAAUACAGUGUCCGAGAGUUCACUUUCAGCUGAUUUCUCAUGUCACGGAAGGAAACAGCCCUGCUCAACUCAGAGAAGAUGCAGUGGCCUCCUUUGCUGAUGUGGGAUGGAUUGCUGAAGAGGAAGGUGAAGCCUCUACAAGGCUCAGGGCAGAAGUUCGGUCAAAGACAGCGCAGCCUCCUGCAGGCGAAGCGCUUCAUUCCAGGAGGUCCCCGCACAGACAAACGGCCCUGCAGAGCGCGUCCGGAGAGGAGGCGGCGCCCAGGAGCGCCGCGAUGGCAAACGAGGAGGCGCUGCAGAAGAUCAGUGCCCUGGAAAACGAACUGGCCUCUUUGAGAGCACAGAUAGCCAAAAUUGUGACCUUGCAAGAACAGCAGAACUUGACAACAGUUGGGUCAAGUCCACUUGCUUCAGCUGCUGUCCCUGUUCCACCUCCACCACCACCACCUCCUCCUCCUCUGCCUCCACCCCCUUCUUCAGGUCUGGAUCAGAAUAAGUCUGCAAUUGAUCUCAUUAAAGAGAGGAAAAACAAAAAAAUGAACGCUGGCCAGAACGUGGUGGAAAACGGGCCAAAGAAACCUGAAGUCCCAAACAUGCUAGAAAUCCUCAAAGACAUGAACAGCGUGAAGCUACGCUCGGUGAAAAGAUCCUCAGAAGGUACAAAAUCUAAGGUGUCCCAGCCUGCAGAUCCUGCAACAUUAAUAGCAGAAGCUCUCAAAAAGAAAUUUGCUUAUCGAUACCGAAAUGAUAGCCAAGGCGAAACAGAAAAAGGGAUUCCAAAGGCUGAACCAAAGACACAGACUGAGGUAGUGCUGUUUGGACCACACAUGCUGAAGUCUACAGGAAAAAUGAAGACUUUGAUUGAAAAAUCCUAGUGUUAAAGAUUAUUCUGCAAAAGACUGUUAAGCUGCUUUGUAUAAAAUAUUUCAUGUUGCAAAUAGCACUAGUACUGAGCGGUCUCUUUCUUACAGCACAGAAAGACCUAAUGUGAACUUUAGAAAUGAGGCACUAAACAUGUUUGUGUGUAUGUGAUUUAUCAAGGGGAAUAAAUUGGACCAUUAUACUCAGGUAUUAAUUUUGUAUUUAAGCCUGGCUUUCCACUCAGAUUUAUGUGAUGGGUUUAGUUUAAUAACACUAAGUUAUAUAUACAGCAUUUUUUGUGCAUAACUGACAAGCUUAAAAAUUUGUGUACAUGUUAUUAAUGAUGGUGAUACACCCUUAAGUUAAUACCAGUUUUAUGUGAGCUCUACCUGUAAUUUGCACUACAGUGUGUAAUUUGAUAUUGAAAUCUUCAUGUUGAAGUCUCUCUUUUAAACUUAACUGUAGCAAAUUUUUAGCCCAAAGAAAACCUGGAGGCACUCUGCUUCUUACUGAAACAAAGUGAAAACAUGAACCUGCUGCAAAGGUCACCUAGAUUUUACAUAGUACAUUUUUGUGCAGGGUCUUUUUGUUUGUUUCACCUGAGCUUGCAAGGGUAAGAGAGUAAAACCUGCCUGUAUCAUCAUCCUGUGGCCAUUAUAAAGAGUAAAAUCAUGCUGUGGGAGCUCCUGUCAACAGGCAGUCAAGGGAAUUUGAAAUAGUCAGUGGAUAGCAGCAGACUAAGUAAUAAAGAGUAUGUGUUAAUUAGCAUAAAGUGGUGCAGAUAAGAAAACCAAGGUACAAAGUACCGUGGGCUGCGAGUUGCCAAAAGCAGAGCGUCUGCUGCUCUAGGAGAUGCUCAUGGACACCUUCUCCCCAGCUGGGCUCCCUGGGCACAUUCGUGGCCCAUGGGUUUGCACAAGCCCUCGUGGCCCUGUUUGCAGGGAGGAGAUGGGAUCAGCUGUGGCCCAUAACCCAUUCCAGGUGAAGCCCUUGUGGGCCUUGAUGCAGCAGCUCUUUCCUGAGCUCAUGUCUCCAGCCAAGGUGGAGAAAGGCUCAAGCUGGAAGUACGAGUCAGGGUGAAAAAAGCUGUCAGGAACCAAGAGCUGCAGGUGAGGUGCACACUGAAACAAAGCCUGGUUUGCUCCAGCCAUGGAUGAGCGCUGAAAAAGCUGAGCCUGGGUAUCUUUGGUGCUCUGAGGUGAUCCUGGCUACUGGGACAACUGCCUCUGGGAGCUUCUGUUUCCUAGGAAAAGACAAAGCAGCGCCUCUUUAUUAAAGACAGAUGACUGGCUCUGACAAGGUUACUGAAGAUGGGGAAGCUUUGCUGCUUAGAACUGGAAUGUAGGUUGUACACGGAGGAGCUUUGUUUUCUGGUGUGGAGCUUGAAAUGGUGUUAAUGCACACAAUGUAAGUUCCUUCCAAAGUGCUCUGCCGUCAGUCCUACUGAUUGGUCAUUCAAUCCUUCAGUUCUUUUAAGUGCCUUUAAAACUACUUUGUGAAAGUUAACUUUGGUUUUAAAUUUUGUAUUUUAUGCUCUAUUGCCACUAUAUAAAAUUAAAAGCAGAUAAAAUAAA